CGCGCUCGCAGACAUAAUUUGGCUCAAAUCACACUGCAUAUAUAGAGAGUACACGGGUGCUUAGCCCAAGCCUGAGAAUUACUGGAAUCUUCUGGUAAGACAAAUUUCAACUACAAUGGGAGUUCUGUCUAGGAAGAUGCAGCCUCUGAAUAAGUUGAUGGCUAUUUCAAAACCUCAAAACCCGGCUCUGCAUGAACAGAGUGAGGUCAGGAGUACUGAUAAGUCUUGGCAGCAGGAAACCAUCUCCAUCAUGGAGACAUAUGACUGUGAGGCCUCUCGUCAAAAGUUCAGACACUUCCAAUAUUUGGAAGUGUCUGGACCUCAUGAAGCCUUUAGCCAACUCUGGGAGCUCUGUCUUCAGUGGCUGAGACCAGAGGUUCAUACAAAGAAGCAGAUCCUGCAGCUGUUGGUGCUGGAACAGUUCCUGACAAUUCUCCCUGAAGAUGUCAGGACGUGGGUGAAUUUACAGCAUCCAAAGAAUAGCAAAGAAGUGGUGACCCUUAUAGAAGAGGUGAUCGAGAUGCUUAAAGAGGAAGAGAUACCCUGCAAGAAAUCUGUCCUCCAGAAGGGGAGCGUCAGGACGGAAAAAAUGGAAGCUGACUCACUAACAGGCAAAUCCCAGAGCAUCUACUUUGCAAACCAGUUGAGAUCUCUGAGGAAAAAAGAUGGAUAAUGAAGAAAGAAAUCCCAAGAACAACUGUUUUUGGUUUUUAUACUUUUCUCAUAUUAUCAAUUUAGUUCUUUUCUUUUGGUGUCAUUAAUCUACAGUUGCAUGAGGAGUAUUGUGUUUGCUGGGCUCCCCACUUCACCAGGUCCCCCCACAAACCCCAUUAUAGUCACUGUCCAUCAGUAUAGUAAGAUGCUGCAGA